AUGCGUUUACCCCAGCAGAAACACGGCCGCCGUUAUCAUAACUCGAGUGAAGAAGAUCGUCGACGACAGGUUUUCAGUCAGCGUAUACAACAUGUUUUAAGUGUUAAUUCGAAAAACCUGUCAUAUAAGUUGGAAUUAAAUAGUUUUUCAGAUUUGACUGAACAAGAAUUUAAUGAACAGAAAAAAGGUUAUAUACCUGACCCUAGAAAUUAUACUCGAAACCGCCGUUCAGUCUUCAUGGAAUCGCAGGGAAAUGUUACAACUCCGGCUUCAUUAGACUGGGUGGCUAUGGGUCGGGUAACUCCGCCAAAAGAUCAGGGUUCUUGCGGUGAUUGUUGGGCGUUUGCUACCACGGCAGUUGUGGAGGGACUGCUGGCAAAGAAAACGGGGAUGUUGCUGAAUUUAAGUACACAAGAAAUAGUUGAUUGUUCAGGAAGUGGUGCUUGUAACGGCGGCGAGUUCACCGUUCCAAUGCGAUAUUUGAUUUCCAACUACGGAAGUCAAACUCUUUGGGCUGAUUAUACUUACGCAGCCGUUAAACAAGAUUGCCAAGCCAGCUGCUUUUCGCGACAAAUAAUCGGACCUAAUAUUGGCUACACGAAUGUACCAUCUGGUGAUGAAGCUGCCCUCUUGCAAGCUGUUAAUCGAGGACCAGUUUUCGUGGGCAUUAAUGCAAACACAUCGGCGUUUCAAAAUUAUAAAACUGGAGUUAUUAACUUGUCGACACAAGACUGUGACCCACGUAACAUAGAUCAUGCUGUGACACUUGUUGGCUAUGGUUAUGAUUCUACAUUGCAAUUGAAUUAUUGGAAAGUGAAAAAUAGCUGGUCUACGACAUGGGGAGAAGGUGGCUAUGGUCGUAUUGCAAGAGGAACAAAUGUAUGCGGCAUUGCUUCCUUCGCCGCCGAAGGAACACUUUGA